CAACUUAUUACUAUUAUAAUCAAUUAAAGACACAUAAGUCUAAUUGUGAAUUUUCAAUAGUGAUCUUAUUGAGAAAAUUAUAAAGGUAAAUAAGUAGAUUUUGUCUCUGAUAGUUUAUUUUGUUGCUCUACCCUCUAUACACACACAUAUACAUACACACUAAGUUUCAAAUUCAGAGUCUCUUCCCCCUUAUUUGUAAAGCAAAAGGACGAAAAAAAAAAAUAUUAGACAACAAAUCAGUAUACAACAACCCAAGGGUUAAAGUUUUCAGUAAAAGAUGUGAUAAAUUAGAACCUAUAAAAAAUCCUGGAAAUAUGAUUUUAUACUAGUAGCGUUUGUCAUUUUCUAAUAAUGAUAAACAAGAACAACUCACAAUUGGGCAUUGAAGAUGUGAGUACUUGCUCAAUAUGUGUUCAAGAUAAGCCGUCUGCGUCCAGUCACUACCAUUCAUCCAUAUCAGCUGCAGCAAAGUGACUGAUAAUCCACGCAGUCUUCCAAAAAAGAAACAAAACAAAUGAGCCCAUAGUUGGUUCGAUUUAAUUCCCCUAUAAAUGUAUGCUCCUGAGAACAGUUUCAAGCACCAAGCAGCAAAUCCUGGGAAGUACAUUGCAUUCAGAAUGGCAUCGAGUUCAGUAAUCUCACUAGCAUUCCUCUUAUCAGUGAUUCUAGUACGACUUGUGGGUUCUGAAGCUGGGGGAAUAGCAAUCUACUGGGGUCAGAAUGGAAAUGAGGGGACCUUGGCGGAGACUUGUGCCACAGGAAACUAUGACUUUGUGAAUAUAGCUUUCCUGGCCAGUUUUGGCAAUGGUCAGACUCCUAUGAUCAAUCUCGCUGGUCAUUGUGAUCCAUACAGCAAUGGUUGCACAGGACUGAGUUCUGAUAUUAAAUCAUGUCAAGCCAAAGGAAUUAAGGUGAUUCUUUCUAUAGGUGGAGGAGCUGGUAGUUACUAUCUUGCAUCUACUGAGGAUGCCAGGCAGGUUGCCACUUACCUUUGGAACAACUUCUUAGGUGGUCAAUCUUCUUCUCGCCCACUUGGACCAGCUGUUCUAGAUGGGAUUGAUUUUGACAUUGAAGGAGGAACAAACCAACACUGGGACGAUCUUGCAAGGUUCCUUUCAGCAUAUAGCAAGAAAGGUAAAAAAGUAUACUUAACUGCAGCUCCCCAGUGCCCAUUUCCUGAUGCUUGGGUAGGAAACGCCCUUAAGACGGGUCUUUUUGACUAUGUUUGGGUUCAAUUCUAUAACAAUCCUCCCUGCCAAUACUCCUCUGAAAGUAUUACCAAUCUUGAAAAUGCAUGGAAGCAAUGGACUUCAGAUAUCCCUGCUAACAAGAUUUUCUUGGGAUUACCCGCUGCUCCGGAGGCAGCUGGUAGUGGUUUCAUCCCUGUAGCUGAUCUCACUUCCCGAGUGCUUCCAGCAAUCAAGGGUUCUGAUAAGUAUGGAGGGGUUAUGCUGUGGUCCAAAUAUUAUGAUGAUCAAACUGGUUACAGCAAAGCCAUCAAAAGCUCUGUCUAACUCAACUUCUUCACUGGUUGUAUGCAGAUGUAUCUUUACAUAUACUUAUGUCCUAUGUAAAUAAAUGUAGUACUGUGUGUUCUUGAAUUAUGGUCUUUCUUUCCCUUUUUUAUUAUUUCUCUCUAUAUAAUGGUACUAUUCUAUGAUCAGUUCGUUGUUUCAUUCUUCUUCA